UGUUGCGCAAUGUAUCAUGUGCUUCCCUAGUUACAUACAGAUCUUGACAUGUUUAUUUCAGCUUGAGCGUAGUUUCCCUCUGACGUCUCAUCCGUUGGCAAGUGGUCAGAUAUGUGCUGUAUGUGCGCGUGAAUUUCAGAGCUCAGAUUACUCUGCAGUUAAGGACUGCAGCAAGCGGGCAAAAAUAUGAAGGAGAAGAGUGGAGUUUUUCUGGCUUCAAAAGUUUUUCUGGUGGGGAUGUGUGCGCUGCUGCUCCUGAUCUCAGCAGGCUUACUGUUCCUGCUGGUUCGACAGAAAGAGCUGACGGAGCAGCUGGUCAGGUUGGACGCCCAGAUGCAGGUGCUGUCCCAGAGCUGCAGGUUGCAGGCAGGAGUCCUGGCCAUGGAGCCUGCAGAGGCUGCAGAGCUGAAGAAGCUCCACCGCAGAAGAAGAAACCAGGAGGGAGAAGCAACACAAAGCCAAGAAGAGAAGGAAAUGCUGAUGCUGAUGACAUACUCCAUGGUUCCUGUCAAAGCCUUCAUAGAGCUGUGUAAUAGCUCCAGAGGAGUUUGUUUAACAGGCCCACCUGGACCACCAGGUUUGCCUGGUAGAACUGGUUCACCAGGACCACAGGGUGUGCCCGGGCCGCAGGGGAGAAAAAGAGGAAGAAGAGGACCCCCUGGUGAAAAGGGAGAACCAGGACCUAAAGGAGACCCUGGGCCUCCCGGACUGAAAGGUCCUCCUGGUCCGAGGGGUCCACCAGGUCCAGCAGGCUCACCUGGUCCAAUCUGUCCUGCUUGUUAUUCUAAUGAAGUGAGAAACAACACCAUCGAAGAACACAUCCAUCAAACCAACAUGUUAAUGGAUUCAUCUUCUUCCCUGACCGAUGUAGAAAACAGCAGCUCGACAAUUAACAAGACUGAAUCACCAACACCACACCCAGCUGAUGAGAGCAAAGAUGUGUUGAAUGUUACUGACUCUGAAAAACCUCAAGACAUAAGUACGGACUCUGAGUCAGUAGUUCAUCCAGAGAACAGCUACAACACCUUAAUUGAUACCAACACAGAGAAUGUCACAGCGGCACCAAUUCAAUUAUUAACAGCCCCACUUUCUCCAGACCAAAACAGUGACGCUUUCAAUGGAAGCGCAAACAUUUAUGAGACAACUGGGAAAAGUGAGUUAGUAUCACCUCGUCCAGACUACACACAUGACACGUGGAUUGAAACCAGCAUAGAGACUGUUACAGCGGCAUCAAUUCACUUGUUAACAGAGCCAGUGUUGUUUAACAAAGAUGACAGCCAAGACACCCUGAACAACACAAUGAAUGUUACAGAUGGGCCAAUUAAAUUAUUAACAGUUCCACUUUCUGGGGACCAAAAUAGUGAUGCUGUCAAUAACAGUGGAAUCGUUAGUGAUACGCCCAUGAAAAGUGACUCUUCAAAUUCAACCCAGAAAAACAACAAGCUUAAUUUGACUAGCAGCGAAAGAUGGACUAAAACUGAAUCACCAACCUCACAUCCAGCCGACAACAACAGAGAUGUGACUCACUCUGAGAAGCUGCUAAACAGAAACGUAGAAGCUGAGUCAGUAUCAUUUGAUCAAGACAACAGCCAUGGCACCAUGAACAAUACCAAAAGAGAAAAUGCUACAGAGGCACCAAUUAAAUUAUUAACAGCUCAACUUUCUGCGGACGAAAGCAGUGGAACCGUUAGUGAUACGCACAUGAAAAGUGAAUCACCAACUUCACAUCCAACUGACAACAACAGAGAUGUGACUGACUCUGAGGAGCUUCUAAAAACAAAAAUGGAAGUUGAGCCAGUUUCAUUACAUAAAGAUGACAGCCAAGACACCCUGAACAACACAAUGUUUGUGACCGAUGGACCACUUAAAUUAUUCACAGCUCCACUUUCUGUGGUCCAAAAUGGUGGAACCAUCAGUGAAACGCCCAUGAAAAGUGAAUCACCAACUUCACAUCCAGCCGACAGCAACAGAGAUGUGACUGACUCUGAGAAGCUUCUAUACACAAACAUGGAAGCUGAGUCAUCAUUUCAUCAAGACGACAGUCAAGGCACAUUGAACGAUACCACAAGAGAAAAUGCUACAGGGGCACCAAUUGAAUUAUUAACAGCCUCAAUUUCUGUAGACCUGGAGAGAAACGCCUUUAACAACAGUGGAAACAUUAUCCAUUCGCCCAUGAAAAGUGACUCUUCAUACCCACUCCAGAACAACAACAAAAUCAAUGUGACAACCAAUGAGAGAUGGAGAAAAACUGAGUGUAACAUUAGAACUAUUAAAUGUCCGGAGAAAGCCAUCAAAAUGCAAAGCACGUUUGGAACCUUGAUGUCCGAAGCAUCCAGACAGGAUGAAGGUCGAUAUUGGUUAGCUGAUCAUUUUUCAGGUCGACUUUUGGUAGAGCUCAGGAACUUUUCAGCAUUACAGGAUUCCAGCAACAAAAACAUAGAUGUCAGGAGGUUCUUCCAGGGCUGUGGUCAUGUUGUCUACAAACGGUCAUUUUACUUUCACAACGCAGGAACAAACAGACUUAUGAAAUUUGACCUGAACACCAAUGGAACAAACACUCUGAUCAUGGAAAACAGCCGAUAUCACCAACUGACUUAUCUUUUCCCCAACUCAAAGACGUAUUUUAAGUUUGCUGUGGAUGAAAACGGACUGUGGGUCAUUUUUGCAUCAAAUACAGAUGAUAAUACGAUGGUUGCAAAGAUUAACCCUGACACAUUCAUUGUGGAGUUAAUCAUUAACACUCACUACCCUACAACUAAAGCAGGAAAUGCUUUCAUUGUAUGUGGGGUGCUAUAUUUUACAGAUGACAAAGACAGAAGAGUUACAUAUGCCUUUGAUUUAAAGAAAGAGAGUCCUCUGGAUGCAAGUUUUGAUUUAAGGCCAGCAAACGGCAUAUUGGCUAUGCUGUCAUAUUAUCCCAACAAAAAGCUUCUGUAUAUGUGGGAUAGCAGCAGUGUGAAAAUCUGCAAAGUAAAACUCAAACAGACCUAGAAAUAACCACAAAGCUUGUAAAAUGAGUAAUAAAGUUAUUCUUUAAAUUAAGAUUUUUGCUUAAUGUGAAUUUCUUAAAACACUAACCUGAUUUUGACUCAGGUAGAAGUUGCUGACAGAGGUUUACAGCAGUAGGUCACACUGGAUAUUGUUCACAAGAAAUAUGUUGGUAAAAUCAAAGAUUACCGACAACUGAUGUACAUGUGUUGAUUUCAAGAGACAACAAUGCUGGAUGUACACAGCUGCGUGACAUGAUGAUUGGUUGUGGGGCAAUGUGAAAAUGUUUAAUUUAGUUAACAUUCACAGAGCUGCAACAGUUAUGAAUAGUCUAUUCAUAUUGGAGUUGUGACAAAAUAUUUUACCCAAAUUUGUCAUAAUAUUCAUUGUUUAAAUGGAUUUUCAUGUUCGUGGUCAAAGUACAUAUACAAACUAUUUUUUCCCAAAUGUAUUAUGUGAUGCUGAUUACCUGCACUGUUUUCAUUUAUCGUUUGUUCUAUUUAGCACUACUCAUCAUUAGUUUAUGUUGUUGUUGUUCUUGGUCUGUCUGUACCUUGGUGGAAUUGUUAUGAUUUUACUAUUGAUAAAUUUGUUGUGCUUC